CUUCAACGUAAGAGAAUGAAUGUAAUGUCGCUGCUGCAAGUCAAGGGCUGGUUGAAAGCUCAACAUAUACAGGUCCAUGAUGAGUGGAUAGAAGCUUGCUUGGAUUGGCUUAAGUCCGAGCAUCAGGGAAAAGUGUUAAAUGAUACCAACCUUAAAUCUAUGGUGUAUGAACAGUGGCUAGAUUCUGAUUUGUCUGAAAUAGCGCCACCUAUAUUGCCUGUUGGCAUCAACAAGGAGACAAAAACCGAGUUGAAAGGAAAAUAUGCUUUACAAAUGAACUAUGUUGAGGAUGUCAGUGAAUCCGCAUACACUCAGCUUCAAAAAGUCAAAGGUAAAGAGAAUGCUAAUGUGUUUGUUACUGCGACACCAGCUACACAGAGCCAGUACAAUGUAAAAUCGAGCCGAAUGUUGAUGUUGUAUUUGACGGACGGUCAUCAGAGUAUGCAAGCAAUGGAGUAUAAACCUGUACGAUGUCUUAAUACAAGUUUACCGCCAGGAACAAAGGUAUCUCUAGAGGGCAGCAUAACAUGUAGACUUGGUGUCCUGAUGUUGUCUGAAGAGAAUAUCAAAGUGCUUGGCGGUGAAGUAGACACUCUCGUUGAGACCUGCUCUCAAGUUCAAGUUCUUUCAAAAGCCCUGUCUGAUGAAGGCAGAACUAAAAUACCUGAACACUUCCGAAAUGGAGUCACAACAAAAAUUACGAACGAUCCAGAGAAAUGUCAGAUUGUUCCUAAUCAGCGGAAAGGGAAUGUUCAAGCGGUUAAAACGACUGCUGGCACCACUCCCGAUGAUGACUUUCUAAUGGAUGAAGAAGAUUUUAAUGAUGACAUGCUGCAAGAAAUGAAGGAAAUUGAGAUGCUAGAACGACAGCACCAUCAGCGGCAAGAACCAGAAGAAUGGCCCGAUGAUGUUGAUGACGAUCUUCUACAAUCAAUUCCAGAUGACAUCAUUCUUCCAGAUGUAGACUUGUCAUCACACGAACCAAAAAGAAUUAACUCAGUGGAUAGCAAGCCAAUGACCACAGGAAAUCAAGCUUUCGUUCCAAGGAAUAUGGCCACUAAAAAUAGUAUUUUUCCAACUUGGAGUUCCACUUCAAAAAAUGCAGUUAAGUCAGACUCGGGUGAACCAAUUUGGAAUUCAACAAACUUUAGUUCGUCAAGUAGUCAGAAUGUGAUGAAUAAACAAACUGUAUAUCCACACUCUGCAACAAAUAAACAAACUGUAAAUCUACAGUCUGCAGUUACUUCUAGGACGGGUCAACCAAGGCCACUUCCAGAUAGUGGAGAAGAAUGUUAUUCAAAGAGCGAUGUUGCUAAGAUAGUAUCUUGUGAAGAAGUCAUCAUGAUUUCAGAUGAUGAAGAGGACUUGAACAUAUGUGAUAAAAGCAAACUAACAGAAUUUAUUUCUCUGCAAGAUUCUUUUCUGCAGACUCAAGGAACUUUUAAAAUUAAGGGAAAUUUCACUACACUGAUUACUGGUUUAAGUUACGAUUCUUCUGGUUGGAAGCUUGCUGCCACGGUAACAGAUGAUGGUGGGCAGACGACUUUGGAUGUGGACUUAGCUGAUAAGGUGCUUUCAAAGUUAAUUGGCUUCACUGUUCUUGAAAUGAUGAUGAUGAAGAAAGAAAUGAAAAGUAACAAAAAAGAGGUUGCCCAAAGAAUAAAAUCAGUAAGUGUGAUUAAAAAUGUGAAAACGUUUGCAUGUGGCGAUGAGUCAUACAGCAUUGCUAGCAGUAACGAAAACGUGAAAAUAGCGGAAAGUUUCCCAAGCCACUGUACGGAAGAUGGAGAAGAUACAUUCAGUGAUUUCCUUAAAAAUGAAGCUAAAAUCGUCAACAAUCCAGUAUUAUAA